GAAAACCUUCCCCUCAAAGAAAAACACAAGAUUUUUCAAAAGCCAUUGCUUGCCUUUUUUUUCACCUUGGUCUUUUACUUACUGUAUAUUUUCUCUCACAUGUGCUUCACGCUCCAUACCCUUUUAAGACUUUUUUGUAUGUGUGAUGACUUAAUAUAAAACUACCAUACAAGUAUCAAGUUAUUUUAUUCAUUAAAAGUCAUUUUUUCGGCAUGGCUAUAGAGAUGGAGCUAGAAAACAAGGUUUAUGUAGCAGUUAGUUCAGAUAUUCAUGAUGGUUUUUUGACUUUACAAUGGGCACUCAAAAGAUGGUCAUCAAACUCAAUCACCAUAGUAAUUCUUUAUGCUUCUAAUAACAUAUGUAAAGAUUAUGUUAUAACACCAAUGGGAAAGCUACCUGCAGGUUCAGUGAAUGAUGAGAAAUUGAAGGAUCUUGAAAAGUUUGAAGAAGCAAAAGAUCAGAAGAUACUUUGGAGAUACAAAGUUUUUUGUGGAAAUGUGAAAGUUGAAGCAAUCAAGAUUGAAAGAUAUGAUGAGUCCAUUCAAAAUUUUAUGGUGGAUUUGAUAUCUGGCCUAAGGAUAACCAAAUUGGUCAUGUCAUUGACUUUCAUGAAGCCUUCAUCAUGGAAAUCAGGAAGCGCAAUAAGUGGAUCAUUUUUUGUGCAUAGACAGAAGCCAGAAUUCUGUGAAUUAUAUGUAAUCUGUGGUGGGAAAUUGGUUUUUCUAAGGGAAGGAAAUAAUGAAGGAUUAAUUGAGGAUGAUCAAGGAAUUAUGGUUGCAAAAUCAAGAACAAUGAGGCAAAGUUUUAGGGAUUUGGUUGUUAAAAUGUUCCCUGAACAUAGUCAAAAAAUGAAAAAUCAAUGUGAUUCAUCAUCUUCAUCAGCAAGCAAUGACUCAUUUGAUCAAUGGGAAAAGUAUAAAGAAGAAAUUGAAAAUUAUAUGGGUCAAUUAUUACCUUCAAAUGUUGAGGAAGUUGAUGAUUUUGUUGCUGAUGAGACUCUUCAGAAGAACAUUACAGAGCUUGUUAUGGCAGAAAAUAUGACAAUGCAAGAAAAGAAAGAAGCUUUGAGAAUCAAAUUCCUGGAGAUUAAAGAAGCAAUACAACUAAGCAGAGAAGAAUUAAACGCCCAUGUUGAAGGACAAGCUAAGGCACAAUGGGCCAUCACUUUAUGUACUAGAAGAGCUGAGGAAAUUGAUGGCCGCAUAAAUGAUGAAAUCGCGCGAAAGGCUGAUCUAAAGAGAGAUUUAGAUGCUACAAAAGACGAGCUGAGUGAACUUCAUACUGAAGUUGAGGUCACAAAGAGUAAACUCAGCUCGAUUCUUGAACUACAACACGAGUUAUCCAACAAGAUGCAGAUAUCCUCAUUGGCAAGAUCGCGUGCUGAGGUCCAUUUGGAGAAAAUAUUGAAGCAAAGAACGGAUACACUGCAGGAGAUCGAAGAGUUCAGAAAGCAAAGAACCAUUCUACGGCGAAGGAUAGAGUUCUGCAGGGAAAAGGACGCGAUAGGUAAUGCUACAAUGCUGAUUGAACCGAGUUUCAAGUACAAGGAGUUCAGUGCUGCAGAAAUUAGAGCAGCCACAGACGGAUUUUCGGAUCGUAUGAGGUUGAAAUCUGGAGGUGAUUGGACUGAUGUGUAUAAAGCUAAGCUUCAUCACACAUCAGUUGCAAUCAAACUGUAUAGUGCUGCAGAUGUAGAUUCUGAAGACACCUUCAAUGCUAAGGUGAAGCUCUUAAGCCAUAUGAGGCAUCCUCAUAUAUUAUCAAUGAUUGGAUAUUGCUCUGAGCUAAGGUGCAUUGUUUUCGAGUAUAUGCAUAAUGGCUGCUUAAGAGACAUUCUCUUCUCAGGCAAGAGAGGCUCCAAAAGGAGAAACAAGGGCCUAAAAUGGCAAGCAAGGAUAUGUAUUGUAGCCAAUGUUUGUACCGGCCUGUGCUUCCUUCACCGGGCCAAGCCCAGGCCUGUGGCUCAUGGCAACCUCAACCCUUCCAAAAUCCUUCUUGAUUCUAACAAUGUGGCGAAAAUCCAUGGUAUUAGGACGCCUUUUUCCUUUGAUAAAUCGGAUAUAAGAUCAGAUAUCCGGGCUUAUGGGAACUUAGUCUUACAGAUUCUCACUGGAAGAAACUGGGCCGGGCUUAUCGAGGAGGCAAUCAUGAUGGACCAGACUAAGCUUAUUGAAGUGCUUGAUCCGAUGGCGGGGGAGUGGCCAUUGGAUAUAGCACUUGAGCUUGGAAGAAUUGGAAUAAAGUGUUUGUCCAUUCAUGAAGAUAAGGAGUUGAACAUGACUAAUUUGGCAAGAGAACUAGAUAAAGUGAAGAAGUUAGCUGAUGAAAUAGUAGCAAAUGGUGAAUCUGGUGAGGCAAAAAAUGGAAGACAUCUAAAUGAAAUUGACUCAGCAGAGUUCCCUAAUUUCUUCCUUUGCCCCAUUUUCCAGGAAGUGAUGAAGAAUCCACAUGUUGCAGCUGAUGGAUUUUCAUAUGAGUUAGAAGCUAUAGAGGAAUGGCUAAAGACUGGAAGAGAUACAUCGCCAAUGACAAAUUUAAAGCUCAAGGACAAUCUUCUCACACCAAAUCAUAGUUUACGUGCUCUGAUCCAAGAUUCGCAAAAGAAAAGAUCAAUUUCUACCAGGUAGAUCGAUGGAUAGAUAGAUAGAAAGAGAGAUAGAGAGAGUUGAGAUGAAGGUUUAUAGGAUUUUGUACAUGCAGGAGAAGAAGAAUAAAGGUAGCAAGAGCAACAAAAGAACUCAUUCUCAUAGGUUUUAGAGUAAACAGGGUCUCAGAACCAUAUUUGACAAGUUCCUUACUGUUAAUACAAAAUGCAUCAAGGGUGGCAA